GCGGUGUUGAGGUCACAAAAGCGCUGCCUUUUAUCGCAGUACAUUAAGUUCGAGCAGAUAAGAAAGUACAAUUAUUUAAAAUGACAAAAGUGUUAAUUAUAUCAUUAAUUAUACUGGCUGGAGUGUCUGCAGUUUUUGGAAGAGCUCGUCAAGUUGUGCCAAAAGUAUCUGAUUAUACUUAUCAGAUAAAUCACAAAAGUAUAAUGUGGCCGGGUAAAGAUACGAUGGACGUUUUUACAAAGAGUGGGCGCCAUGACAGAAAGAGUAUCAUUGCAACGAAAUUACAAUUGUUCGAAGAUCAAAUUUUCCUUGCGUUCCCACGUUUCAAGCCCGGAGUUCCAAUUACUCUUGGAGUUAUCAAACAAGGCGACAAAUGUGGAUACGAUGCGUUUCCAUGCUGGGCAUUGCAAGAAGAAGGUAACUGUGAAGCUCUGCAAAAUGUUGUUGAUAUUGCUGUUGAUGAUCAUGGCAUACUCUGGGCUCUUGAUACUGGCAUUGUCAACACGUUAACUCAACCUGUCUUUCGUUGUGACCCUAAAGUUGUUGGUAUUGACGUACGAAGCAAGCAGGUUGUCAAAGUAAUUAAUUUGAACCAUCUUAUAAUCGGAACUUCGCGACUGCAAUACAUAAUUGUCGAGUAUGCAAAUGAUGGUAAAGUUUAUUUGUACAUCAGUGACGCAUCAGGAAGAGCAAUAAUCGUGUACGAUGUAGUCGGAAAUAGUGGAUUCCGUGUAAGUUUACCCAAAGCUGUUAAUUUGGGCAACUCGAAGCGUGAUGUUCUCAACAUGGUUCUCGUUCAAAAACCCACUUGUCCAGAAUUAUACUUCACUUAUCUCAGUUCCAGUCGAGUAUUUAGUAUCAGAACAAGUUGUUUGAGACAAGGCGCUUCCGGUUCAACAGAUAUUUCGGAUGUUGGAACUAAAUUGAAUAGUAUUGUUUUACUGGGUACCAAUGGCGGCAGUGUCAUCUUCUUCAGAUACAAGGGACAAGCUGACGUUUAUCUGUGGGAUACAAACACGACUUUCGGUCCAGAAAAUUUUGUUAUUGUGCAGAAAGGUGACGAGUGCCAUUUACCAACAAGUAUUGCACUUGGACCUCAAGAUUCCUUAUGGACACUUGAAAGUAAUUUCCAGGACUUUAUACAAAAUACUAUAUCCUCUGGAGGUGCAUCUAUGAUUGUUCAUCCUCUUGUUAAAAACUGUUAAUUAAUGUAAUUAAAUCAAACGACUUGUCUUAUAUAAAUAGACCCAUUUUAUUAAACUUAUAUAAUAAACAAUUUAUUUAUUAUUAAA